AAGAAAAGAAGCAAAAGAAAAGAAGCAAAAGAAAAGAAAAAUGGUGAAGCAACGGCGACGAACACCUCGCAACCGACGGCACGCCUCCUCCUGUCAAGCCCCUGCACGACACACCGGCCCUUGGCGCAUUGAACAGAGAAAUCAGCAUGGGGACCCGGCCAGAUCUCCCUCCCACUGUCUCUCCUCCCUCCCCCAUGGGGCUGCCUGGCCUCCACCAGCACUCUAUUGUCCAUGCCCUGUACAGGCAUCUCAAAGUGGGCCGUCCUACUGCCGUGUAAGCGUGACAGGCAUGGCCGUGGUAAAUAAAAGGUCACAUCGCGCGCCCUCAUCAGACGUGUUUUUUUUUUGUUUGUUUCCUUUCGUCGCCGACGACGAGUAGACACAGGUCGCAUCACCUUCCUGCGGACCGACUCCAGUGUCCCGUCCUGUCUCGCCUCACGCGAGGUCUCCCGCUGCCCACCUCCUCCCCCUCCUGUUCGCCGCUCACGCCCAGGAGCUCGCCUCCGCCAUGUCUUCACAGCCUGAGAUCGCCCCGGAGAAGGGCCCGGCUGCCGCGCGGGCUAAGGAUCUCGACAAUGACCUCAAAAAGGGCGAUGAUGUGCAGACCAAGGCGGUGCACAAUGCCGAGUUCUUCGCCGCCGUCCAGGAGUUCGACCUUCCCACAUGGAGCAAGGAGGCCCUCAUGCUCUACUUCUCCAUCUUUGUGGCCUUCUGCUGCGCCUGCGCCAACGGCUACGACGGCUCGCUCAUGACGGGCAUCAUCGCCAUGGACCCCUUCCAGGAACAGUUCAAAGUGGGCAAGGUCGGUGUCGAGGUCGGCAUCAUCUACUCGCUGUACACGGUCGGCUCCAUGGUCGGCGCCCCCUUCGCCGCCAUCCUGGCGGAUCGCUACGGUCGUCGCAAGGGCAUGUUCUGCGGCGGUAUCGUCAUCAACCUCGGCAUGAUCAUCGUCUCCACCUCGUCCACCGUCGCGCAGUUCAUCGUCGGCCGCUUCGUGCUCGGCGUCGGCAUCAGCAUCAUGACAGUUGCCGCCCCGUCCUACGCCGUCGAAAUCGCCCCGCCCCACUGGCGCGGCCGCGCCACCGGCUUCUACAACUGCGGCUGGUUCGGCGGUAGCAUCCCUGCCGCCGCCGUCGUGUUCGGCAGCAACUUCAUGACCGGCAACAUGGCCUGGCGUUUGCCCCUCAUCCUCCAGGCCGCCGCCUGCCUAAUCGUCAUGGCCUCGGUCUGGUUUAUCCCCGAGAGCCCCAGGUGGCUGAUGGCCCAGGGCCGCGAGGCCGAGGCCAUCGACUUCUUGGUCAAGUACCACGGCAACAACAACCGCGAGUCGCGCAUGGUCAAGCUCGAGGUCGAGGAGAUGCGCGAGGGGAUCAAGCUUGACGGCAUCGACAAGGUUUGGUGGGACUACCGCCCGCUGUUCAUGACGCACUCCGGUCGCUGGCGCAUGACCCAGGUGCUCAUGAUCUCCAUCUUCGGCCAGUACUCGGGCAACGGCCUCGGCUACUUCAACGCCCAGAUCUUCGAGGGCAUCGGUGUCAAGACCUCGGCCCAGCAGCUGGGCUACAACCUGCUGAACUCGGUCCUGUCCGCCAUCGGCGCCCUGACCGCUGUUUACUUUACCGACCGCAUGCCCCGCCGCCCCGUCCUCAUCUUUGGAACUAUGUGCUGCUCUUUCAUGCUGGCCAUCAACUCGGGUCUGUCUGCCAAGUUGGCCGAGUUCGAGGAACAGAAAGUCUUUGAGCCUUCUUAUGGAGCUGCUGCGCUUUGGUCCUACUUCAUGUUCAACAUCAUCUUCAGCUUCACAUACACCCCUCUUCAGGGUGCCAUCCCUAGCGAGGCCUUGGAGACGACCAUGCGCGCCAAGGGUCUGGCCCUGUCCGGCAUUAUUGUUAGCGCCAUUGGCUUCAUCAACCAAUUCUGCACGCCCAUCGCCCUCGAGUCUAUCCAGUACCGCUACAUUUUUAUCUUCGUUGGCUGGGAUCUGAUUGAGGCUCUCUGCUGGUACCUCUUUGGUGUCGAGUCACACGGCCGCACGCUCGAGCAGCUUGAGUGGGUUUAUAACCAGCCUAGCCCGGUUAAGGCGUCGCUUAAGGUCGAGAAGAUCGUUCUUGCCAAUGAUGGCAGGGUCGUUGAGGUUCUCGAGGAUAGCGCCUAAACGCCGGCGCCACAGUACGGCACAUGUUGCCAGUUCCGCCGUCAGAGUCCAACCAAGCACUGGGAAGUCCGGAGCCAAUUAAAUUUUGUGCGCAACACAAUUUAGGUAAUACUUUUUGGCAAUGAGGGGACGGAUUUGCGUCCUCUAACCUCAUCCUUUUUAAACUAUUCUCGUAGUUUUAAUUGAUAAAAAUCAGCUGUAAUAACGUGAGCGGAUGUUUGGCGGCUUUCGUCACGUAACAUAAAGAUAUCAUUCGAUU